AUGGCCUCCGCCGCCGCCCUCUGCCGCCGCCCCUCCCUGCUGAGCCGCCGCCACCUCCUCGUCCGCCUCCUCUCCACCCAGACCCAGCUCGAUACCCCACCGACGCCCACCACCCCCGCCGACCUCUCCCGCCUCAAGUCCUCCAUCCGCGACGCCGCCACCUGCCCGGACGCGCUCGCUACCCUCUUCCUCUCGGGCCUCCCGCACCCGGCCUUCCUCGCCGACCGCCCGCUCUUCGCGCUCUCCGUGCACCGCCUCGCCUCCGCGGGCCGCCGCGACCUCGUCGCCUCCGUCCUCUCCUCCUCCCUCACCGCCCUCCCCAGCCCGCACCCCUCCGAGGGCUUCCUCCUCCGCCUCAUCUCCCUCUACUCCGCCGCCGGCAUGCCCGACCACUCCCUCACCGUCUUCCGCCUCGUCAACCCGCCCUCCGACCGCGCCCUCUCCGCGCUCCUCUCCGCCUACCACGACAACCGCCUCUACGACCGCGCCGUCCGGGCCUUCAACACCCUCCCCACCGAGCUCGGCAUCAAGCCGGGACUCGUCUCCCACAACGUCCUCCUCAAGGCCCUCGUCGCCAGCGGGGACGUCGCAGCCGCCCGCACCGUGUUCGACGAAAUGCCUGACACCGCUAGCGUCCAGCCGGACAUCGUCUCCUGCAACGAGAUCCUCAAGGGCUACCUCAACGCCGGCGACGAUGCUGCCUUCGACCAUCUAGUCAAGGAGAUCACUGACCCCAAGAGGCGGCUCAAGCCCAAUGUCGGGACCUACAACCUCCGGAUGGCCCUGCUGUGCUCCAAAGGCAGGAGCUUUGAAGCUGAAGAGCUGCUGGAUGCCAUGGGGGCAAAUGGCGUCCCGCCCAACCGCGCGAGCUUCAACACGGUCAUCAAGGGGCUCUGCAACGAGGGGGAGGUGGGUGCUGCCAUGGCUCUCUUCAAGAGGAUGCCGGAGGUGCCCAGGCAGAACGGCAAAGGGGUCUCCCCCAACUUCGAGACCUACAUCAUGCUGCUCGAGGCCCUUGUCAACAAGAAUUUGUUUGAUCCUGCUCUGGAGAUCUGCAAGGAGUGCCUGCACAACAAGUGGGCGCCGCCGUUCCAAGCUGUCAAAGGUUUGGUUCAGGGUUUGCUCAAGAGCAGGAAGGCCAAGCACGCAAGGGAGGUUCUCAUGGCCAUGAGAAAGGCUGUCAAGGGUGACGCCAAACAGGAGUGGAUCAAGGUUGAGGCUCAGUUCCCGAUGUUGCUCGCUGACAAGAAAGCCUAA